GUCGCGCGCGAGACGGUGGAUUUUUUCGCGAGCACGGUGAAUAUUUGCGGUUUGUUUCCAUUCUGUCGUACGCCGCGGAUAACGUAAGACUUUUAUCGCGGCGAAAGUGUUAAGGAAUAUGAAGAGAAGAAAUGUUGAGUGCGGUAAGUUUCGGAGGCCCUUGAAACGCAACAAGCUCACCGAGGGAAUCUACGGGAGUACUUUGGUUUAUCUGAAGUUUCUGUUGCUAUGGGCUAUGGUAAUCCUGGCGGACUUCAUUCUAGAGUUCCGUUUUGAAUUCUUAUGGCCAUUCUGGUUGCUUCUUAGAAGUGUUUACGAUUCGUGCAAGUAUCAAGGCUUGGCCUUUUCAGUGUUCUUUAUUUGUAUUGCCCUCACAUCUGAUAUGAUUUGCUUCUUCUUUAUUCCGGUGCAUUGGUUGUUUUUUGCAGCCAGUACCUAUGUUUGGGUACAAUACGUUUGGUACACAGACAAAGGCGUGUGCCUACCAACUGUGAUGCUAUGGUUAUUAUUUCUAUACAUAGAGGCAGCAGUACGAUUAAGAGAUUUACGACACAUGCCAUUUCACUUGGAUCUCUGUCGACCGUUUGCAGCGCAUUGCAUCGGUUACCCUGUAGUUACGUUAGGUUUUGGUUUUAAGAGCUACAUCGGCUAUAGAAUGAGACAGAGAAAGCAGAAAGAUGUAGCAAAAGAAAAUGAAUUCUAUCUACAGUUAUUGCAGCAAGCACUGCCUCUUGAACAACAAACGACAGUGCAACAGAUUCAGCAAUCACAGGUACACGUUACUCCGUCGUUGGAGCAGCACGUGAAAACACAAUCGAAUAAAUUGUGUCCGCAGUACAAUCCUAGCCCUGAGAAGAGCAGAGGUAGAAGCAGUAAUAACUCUGCGGAAGUAGGUAUACAAAAUGGUAGUUUGCACAUAGGUACACAAAUUACGUCGCAGUCGCAGAAUGUAACGACGAAAAACAAUCACAGAAAGUCCUUGGACAAAGGUGAGAAACAAGAGGAACAGCACGUUAAACAUAAUCUGACGAACGUUUCGCAGCCAGAGAAAAACGAAAAGAGGUUUAUACAUACAAAUGGGAGCACGGUUACUCACAAUGAUAUACAAUUCAUCGAGAGGAUCGGAUCUGUGAAUGAUUUUGAUGCAAAUGAAAUAGAGAAAGACAAAUUUACGAAGGGCGGGAACUGUGGCCCGGCGAAAAUGCAGACUAACGGUUCCGUAACAGGGAAGUGGAACAAUAUUAAAGACAGUCGAGAAUCCACAUCCGCCGUUAAUAAUCAACGUGAACGGAAAACACGACAGAUUAAAACCACGCUCGACAGUAUAAGCGAACAACCGAAACAGCAAGACGAUUAUUGUCAAAGGUUACUGGUGUGUCGCAGGCUCGAGGCUGACAUUAAACGCUUGAAGUCAGACUUGCAAUCCAGUCGACAGCUAGAGCAAGAGCUUCGUUCACAGAUAAAUACUUUGCAGAACGGGGAACGCCAAGCCAAAGGCGACAUACAACAACUCCAACACGACAAUGAUCAGUUGCAAAGCAAAUUGCAUGGAUUGGUAACGGCUCGUCAAUUGGACAAGCAAACCAUGUCCUCGUUGGAAAAACGAAUCGCUGAAGAAAGGAAACAGCGUACCGCGUGCGAAGCAUCGUUGGUUUCCGAAAGACGAGCCCGACGAGCCGCGGAGGAGGCUCGUUCCGCGAUUCCACCACCCCCGCCUCCACUUAUCAGACAAGAAUGCACGGACACGUGCAAGACUCGCAGAACACAAAUGGAACAAGAUUUAAAAAAUCUGCGACGGGAAGUGAAAACGAAAGAGGAAAGGUGCAGCGCGUUAGAAAAGGAUGUGACGCGGUGCAAGGAGAACCACAAAGAGUCCGAGAUCCUGCUGGGAGCACUUAACGCGUUGCAAGACAAAACAGCUCAUUUAGAAGAUAGUUUAAGUGCCGAAACUCGUAUAAAGCUCGAUUUGUUCUCCGCGCUUGGCGAGGCGAAACGACAAUUGGAAAUCAGAGAAAACUUAAUCAGAUCUCAAGAGAAGGAAAUCGAGACGUUGAAGGCGAAAAUAGCCCAGGACUUGGCCGUGAUGCCACAAGACACAUUCGGUCCAGCGCCGACCUGCGCAACGUCUAAACUUCGUUUAAACAACGAAGUCCGCGUUUCAGGUACAAAAAUACGUUCCAACGAAAGUCCAUGCCCCGGAGGUUGCACCGUGUCGAAUUUGGAUCCAAACGCCACCGCGUACACUCCCAAAAACUCCCUAAUAGCGUCUACCGAAGCUUAAAAGUUGCAAAAUUAUUUGCCACCAUUUUAAGGUUCAUUUAUUACAACAAAUAUGUUUCGAGUUUGUUUCUCGAUUAAUAUUCAAAUAAUGGCAUCUCCAAUCCUUUAAAAGCCUCUAAAAUAUUUUUUCAACAGAAACGAAAAAAGAAAAUAUUUGUCGUUGAAACUAUUUCUAUCAAAGUUUUAAAAUUCCAACUUGGAAUUAUUUUUUCGAUUUUUCUAAUAAUAAGUUGAUUUAGCAGUGCCUUUUUCUUCUAUCAAAUAUUCUUUUUUAAUAAUU